CAACCACAUGACAAGACUACAAGACUAAAAUACCAAACCAAAUAAAAAUUAACAUAACAAACAAACAAACAGAACGGUACCGUCUCAUUCGCAUUCGUGAGGGAGCCAGAAAACUGAAAGACCUACCCGACCUCAGCGAGCCUCCCUGAGCCUGAGCCUGAGCCUGAGGUGAGAGACUCUUUGAGCGAGUGAGGCUGUGAAUCCAAAUCGGACGAUCCGCCUUUCACUCGGAUCCGAUAAUUCAGAGAGAUGUUUCUAUUCGACUGGUUCUAUGGUGUGUUGGCGUCGUUGGGUCUGUGGCAGAAGGAGGCAAAGAUCUUGUUCCUAGGACUCGAUAAUGCCGGCAAGACUACCUUGCUCCAUAUGUUGAAAGACGAGAGAUUAGUACAGCACCAGCCAACACAAUACCCUACAUCGGAGGAGUUGAGUAUUGGGAAAAUUAAGUUCAAAGCAUUUGAUUUGGGAGGUCAUCAGAUUGCUCGCAGAGUCUGGAAGGACUACUAUGCCAAGGUUGAUGCUGUGGUGUACCUUGUGGAUGCAUAUGACAAGGAGAGGUUUGCAGAAUCUAAAAAGGAAUUGGAUGCACUCCUUUCUGAUGAGGCCCUUGCUAACGUCCCUUUCCUUAUUUUGGGAAACAAGAUUGAUAUCCCAUAUGCUGCCUCCGAGGAUGAGUUGCGAUUCCACCUUGGCCUGACCAACUUCACUACUGGAAAGGGGAAGGUAAACCUAGCAGACUCAAAUGUCCGACCAUUAGAGGUAUUCAUGUGCAGCAUUGUACGGAAAAUGGGGUAUGGUGAUGGUUUCAAGUGGCUUUCUCAGUACAUCAAAUAGAGUAAUGGUCAGCAAGAUCACCACCCCCCCCCCCCCCCCCCCCCCCCCCCCCGGAACCUGGAAAUCCCUCCAAACCACACCCCACGCUACCCAAAAAAUGUAUCAAUUCCUGUUUGUUUCGGCCCCAAACUGGCUUUAAAUUGGAUGUAUUAUGUUUGGAUCUGUGUGGAAGGAGGUUUUAAUGUCAGUGUUCUGUAAGUUUACUUGUGGCAGCAAAUCUUUCUUGGCACUCUAGUUUGUUAUUUAGCUUUGCCAUCUGCUAUAUGUUUGUUGCGAUAGUCAUAAGGUAGGAUACUGCAUUUGUUAUUAUAUUUUGUAUUUGGAAUGAUGUAUUGAUACGUUUGAAAAAAAAUUGACUUCAUCUUCGUUA